CCUGUAAGAAAACGUUACGUCACCGCCGAUCACCGUCGGAGCACGCGCAGUCGGUCCGUGCUCGGUGUGCGCGGGAGUUACGGAGGAGAGGAAGUGGAUUAUUUCUGGGAGUUCGUGGGAAGAAGUGGGGUCGUGUGAAAAGGGUGGGUGCUGGUGAGUGUAUGCUUGCUUGUAGGGGGAAACCACAGAAAAUGGAUGCUGAUUUCACUGUUCCCUUGAUGCCUUCAUCCUUCUCUGACAGCUUGGAGAUUGGUAUGGAAGUGGACAGGCAGCCCUCCAGAUUUCUCAGCUUCUCCUGUGUGUCAGAGCUUACAGGUGGAGGAAAAAGCUUCUCUUCUGAUUCUUAUUUAGCAAGUGGGUCUUUUAAGAGGAUUUUGUUGGGUCUAGAUCCCUUUCCAACUGAUUACGAAGAGGACACCGUGGAAUUAUUUGGAUUUCAGUGGGUUAAUGAAACUGCUUUAGUUGAGUCAUGCACACUUCUCUUUGGAUUACUUAGGCAGCAUAUAUACAAACUGGAAAACCUUGUUCAGUCAAAUGACUUUGGUCAGGCUGCAAGCCUUCACUGGGAGGCCCAUAAUAUUAAACAGCAGUGUAUUGAGUUCUUGCAAUAUGUGAAAGUUUUCAUCUUCAGGUAUCUGGAACCACACAAAAUGGAGGAGGAAGAGGCAGCAUUGCUCCAUCCAUAUGAGAAACAAGAAGCACAGCUUCCUUCUUUGCUUGUUGAGGAACUCCACUCGUUGACUCUGCAUGUAGGACGUUUGAAUGAACUCCCUAGUUGUAUUCUAGGAGGAUUUACCAUUCUCCCUCAAGCAAAGUUAUUCCCCCCAUCGUGGCAUUUGUUGCAUCUUCACCUAGACAUUCAUUGGUCAGUGCUGGAAAUACUUCAUCUUCUUGGUGAAAAGAUGCCAAGGCAAACUGUGUAUGCUCACAGGUUCACAAAUUUAACAGGUGAAAAUUUAACCAACAUCAGUUUAUUUGAAGAACAUUCUGAAAAUCUUCUAUACGAUCUGAUAAGUUUGUCAGCCAACAGAUAUACAAAGAUAAGGUCCUCUGAAGCUCUCACUAGUCAUCCUUACCCUUGCAUCUGUGUAAAGGAACUAUGGAUUCUGCUUAUUCACAUGCUUGAUCACAGAAAUAAGGGAUCUCUUACAGAGUCUUUCUGGACUUGGUUGAAUAGAAUUCUAAGAAAUGCAUUUGAAAAAAGAAGAGGUACAGAAGAAAUGUCUGCUGCUGAGUCUAUUGCUUGCAAUGAUCCACUGAGUUUUAGCUGGUGGUUUAUUACACACCUAGCAUUACUUUAUCAUGUUGACCGAAAUGGACAUGUGGAUGAACAGAAACCAGUUGAAUCCAAUUGGCCCUAUGUAGAAGAUCUCUUGAAGAGGUCCAUCAGUAGUCAGGCUGGAGUGUUAGAAGAACACUUACGAAUGCAUCUUCAAUGCUGUUUGACCUUAACUCAUAUCUGGGAUGUGAACCUCUCUACUGUCACCAUACUUUGGGAACAUUACAGUAAGAAUUUGAACAGCCCCUUUAUUAUUCCUUGGCUUGGUCUCAAAGGUCUUGCGAAUAUUAAUAGAACACCCAUGUCUAUGUAUGAGUUGGUAAAGAACUGUUGCAGUAACCUACAUACUCCUGACAUGUAUGCAUCCAGCAAUAGCUAUCAUUUUUUUCUUCGUAUUUUGACACAAAUAAUGAAGAAAGCAGUGAAGACCAAUGGGGUUCAUCCAUGGAAACAGAUCAAAGGAAGAAUUUAUUCCAAAUUUCACCAGAAAAAGAUGCGAGAACUGACCGAGGUUGGGCUGCAAAACUUCUUCUAUCUUUUCCUUGUGCUGGCGGCUAUUGCUGAGACUGAAGAUGUUGCUAGCCGCAUGAUGGAACUUCUCCAUUGCCUUAGCCCUGCUUCCACCAGCGUUCCUCAGAGAGCUGUCAUCUGGAAAGGUUACUUUGCUUUCAUCUUGACAUACAUUGAGAAGAACAUGGAUGUCAGAGUGCUAGCUCAGCAGAUCUCCAGUGCCUUCCAUGAAAAGGCAAAGGAGUUCUUAGUAGCAAGGAAUGACCUCUCACAAAAACAAAACCUCUGGAUGCUGCUUUCCACCUACAUUGAUGGUGUCCAAGAGGUUUUUGAGACCAGCAACUGCUUGAACCUCUCAGAAGAGAAGCUGCUGAGUGAUGGCUUUAGUAUGCUGCUGCCAGGUUGCCGAGGAGCUGAACUUUCCACUGUGUUAACCUUCUUGCAGGAUGUUCUUUUCAAGCUGAGGACUGUGCACCAACACUCAAGCCAAGGGUGGUUGCUGUUCAGGAAUACAGAGCCAAAGGCACAGCUGUCAUCGGUGGCGAAAGAGCACCACCUGGCUGUAGCCAGAGCUCUCUGGAGAAAUUUCUUCCCAUACGUGAAGGGCCAGCGAAUGUCACAGAGUCCUCCUCCUCCUCAGCUUGCUGAUACAGCUGCAGGUUUUACUUUAUUGGCUUUGGAUCUGCCCAGCACAUGUACAUCAGACCUUCAACCUCAACCAGUUUGGUCAAUGAUGCAGCUAUUUGGAUGGGAUGAUAUGGUUCACCCCAAGCUAGUUUCCAGAUACCUAAGUCACUUAAUACAAAACAGUGCAUUGACUGAAACUCUUAAUGGUAUGGGUCAAACAUCCUACCAAGCUUUAUUGGUACAGUCUUGGUUUCGAUGCAUUUUGCAAAUGUUUCUCGAUCAGCCUGCUGAUACCUUGGUCAGGACAGAUGCUGAGCAAACAGCUGACAAGAAUUACCUGGAGCAGCUGUCUGAACUCACAAGACUGAUAUUUAAACUACCUGAAGUAGCAGCUACCUUCUCACAAGCUAAUAUUGGGGAGUCCAUUUACAGACAAGAUCCUAAGGAUGCUGUUUUUCAGUUCAUUAAGGCUUUUGGAAGAAACUAUAGUGGGCUUCAGACACUAGCUGAAAAAUCAGCCAUGGUGGCAAAGGCACUAGAAUAUAUUGGUGAUGUAUUAAAGUAUGUAAAGCCAUAUUUGACCAGAAAAGGGCCUGCAGAAGGAUUGCAUCUUACCUACAGAAUUAUAGGAUGCCUUGUGAAGUCCUGGGCAGCCAUACUGGCUACUUCCAAAGCACAGCCACUCUUGUUCCGCAUAAUAGAUUGCUUGCUUUUGCCACACACUGUGUUUCAGCAAGACAAAGAGCUGCCUGCAGCGAUAUUGUCUGCAGUCCGGGAGAAUCUUCCUCUCUUUCUUCAGGGCUUGUCCUUUAUAUGUUCUCAAUCUCAGACGCAGGGUGCCUAUUUGAACCAGUUGUUAGGGAAUGUUAUUAAGCAGUAUUUUGGGCGCUUUCUUCCAUCAUCCUCUUCUCUUCGACCUGGGCAGCACCCUGUUUUGCUGGCCAUGUGCAGUUCUACCACCAUGCCAGGAGCCUUACAUCUACGUAAGACCACAAUGCAAGUCAUAAGUGAAAACUACCUGCAGUUCAAAGGUCAUGCCCCUCCUUCUCGCCUGGCAUCAACUUUGUCUUUCAUUCUUGAUGCAUUGAGGAGGACCAAGGACAUUGAAACGUGUGAUGUUGAGGUGCUGCUCCCUUGUGUGUUGAAAUGUCUUGUCAUGGUUAAUGAACCACAAGUUAAAAAGCUGUCUACAGAGAUCCUGCAGUGUGUGGUAGAAGGCUGCCAAGCAAGGUCAGGAGGGGAGCUUGCCACCCAGCUGACUUCUGUGUUUAGGCAGUUUAUCCAAGAUUACACUACUGUAUAUGAUAAUCAGGUUUACAACAUCUUGGAAGCCGUGGCAGUCUUAGAGCAGUCUCUAGUUAUCAGCCUGAUUCCUGCUAUGACAGAAGCCCUGAGGAAUUCGGAGUACAAACAGGGUCUUGGCAGAAACACUGCACAAAGAGAGGCCUAUAAAAGACUCUUAUCUCAGCUCACAGAGGCUGGACAGACAGAGAUACUGAAACUGGAAAAUGAGACCCAUUAGCAGCAUGCUGAUUGGUAUUUGCAACACCAUCAUUUUAUGGGAUGUCGGCCCCUGGUGUAGAGUGCAGAAUGCCUUGUCUACAGGUGAAUAGCUUUUCCAGGGAGCUUCAAAACAUGAACCUGCCCUGCAUCCAGUUUGGAGUCAUCAUUUUAAUACUGCAAGCAAUAUGGAAAAAGUUAAGCUGACCUUUCCUCUUUUAAAUGACAGCUGCCAACUACUGAAUCCUAUAAGAUGAAAAUGCCCGUUAUAGGAAACUCGGUUUCUAGCUGAAGAAUGUUUUUUAAACAUUUAACAAAAAAUGUCAAAGGGGAAACAGCAAAGACAACCUCUCACUGUAAAGGUUUUGUUUUGUACCCUCCCUCUCCCCAUGCUCUAACGAAUCAAUAUCCUUUGGCUGUCAGACCUUUCAUUCAGAUAUCCUGAGUGAUAGUUUGCACAUAAACACUUCCUAUGAGCUGGGUGAUGGCAAGGGGUUCAAUCUAAGCAAGGCCGGGGUUAGGUCACUAAUGCUUGAGCCUCCUUAUGUUAACAGAAGAGCUUGUGUACGCAUUGCACGGCAUGGUGACAGCUGUCCUAGCUUUGUCCCUAUAUUAAAAAUGUGUAGAUGCGUGCUGCAGAAUUGAACCUCUAACCUUCUCUCCGUUACCCUUGCAUGGUUUUGCAGGUGGUGCAAAAACAAGCUUUGAGUCAGUUAUAAGAACUCUAACCAAGGGCAUUUAUAUGAAUGUCACCUAGUCCUCUUUUUUUGGGUCCUUCCACCCCAGUCCAACUCUCUGUCAUUGGUGUAAGAAUCUUUGGCAAGUUCAGCCACAUUCUAAAACAUGAAGGAAAUGCGUUACACAAAUGUGUUUAAAUUUCUUUUUACAUCUCAUAUGAUUAUAUGGUGUAUAUAGUAAAUUGAAUUUGUUAGAUAUUUGAGGACAGUGAUGAAAGUUUAUUCUUCUAGUUCUAAGGCCCGUCAUAAUUCUCCCCAUAAUUUAUAAAUUUAUUUGGUGCAUGGAAUUUGCAGUUCCAGUAAAUGAUACAAUCUUGGCAACUUUGUGAGUAUUCAUUUGAAUUGCACCACCACAUUGUACGGACUUAGUGGCAAAACCAGUGAAACAAACUUAAGUUUUUAGAAUUAAUAACGACUGUGCCCCCCCUUUUUUGCAUUUAUCAAUUACUGCCAUGGAAACUUCCCUAUAAUCUUGUUCAGAGCCUUUCUGUAUUGUUACAGUAUUCUUAUGUAAAGGUAGCAGAUUAUCUCUUCCCUAAAUCAACUAUCAUUACUUCAGAUAAUUCAGUAACUAAAAGCCUCUUUUAGGCUACUUAAUAGUGUAGAGCAUAGAUGUUCUUUUCAUUAUGAAAGUGACUUAUUGAACCCACAUUGUAGCUUCUUGUAAGCUCCUACACCUGGGAGGAGUUUUAUUCAUCUCAAAAGGCCUCCAUUUCUAAAAGGUUUUCUUAAAAAGCCUCUUCAAGUGAGAUGCCUUCAAAAUCUAUGUCUUUACCAUUCACAAGAUAACAGAAACAGAAGUCUGUCUUUAGCAUUAACUUCUUGAAAGUGAAGCCUUUGACUUUUAAGAGAAUAGAAGCAUAUAUUGUAGCAAAUUGUUUAACUUAUCUGGACAUCUUUUAUUUCAAGCAUAAUUAAUACUCAGAUUUUUUAAAAAGAAGUACCACCUGUUUCUGCACUAGUACUUUGUGAACAAUUAUCUUUUAAAAUGUUUGUAGUUAAGCAAUAAGUUCAAAAGUCUGUGAAGCAACCUUAUGACAUUGUUUCAGAUAACCACUGGCAAAUGACUAUUUGUGGACACAGGCAACAAGUAUGAUUUGCAAUAUUACAAGGGAAGAUUAUAAAGAUGUGAUUUGGACAAUUAUCUGGACUUGUACAUAGACGAU